GCCACGUUUUUUGGCGGCACUUUCUCUCCAUUACUCCCACCUCUCUGCACUUCAUUUCCUUGCUAACUCCCAAAAACCAAACGUCUCCCUCUUCUUCUUCUUCUUCUUCUUCUUCUUCUUCUUCUUCUUCUUCUCUUCCUCUUCCUCUUCGUAACGAACAAGCACGCCAUUAAUUUCAUCUUCCAUAUCUUUCUCCUCAAUUUCCGUUUCCUUCGUAUAUACAUAUCUUUAUCCAUCUCGCUUCGUUUUUUUCUCAUUCUCUUUCGUCAGUCGAAGUUCGAGGAAUAUUCCUUUUUGCCGAACCGCAAGGUAUGGGUGCGUCUCUCAACGACGAACUGUUGCUUCCUCCUGUUCGCAACUUCAAUUCCUCUCUGGAUAUUCGCUUCUCCAAACACGUUCACGACAACGUUCACGGCAACAUUUAUCUUGAUCCGCUAUCUUUGAAGUUUAUUGAUACCGAGCAGUUUCAGAGGCUUCGUGAAUUGAAACAGCUUGGUGUGACACAUAUGGUAUAUCCAGGAGCUGUACAUUCUAGGUUUGAACAUUCGUUAGGAGUGUAUUGGCUAGCUGGAGAUGCUGUUCAAAAGCUUAAAAACUACCAAGGAGCAGAGCUUGAUAUUGAUCGCAGUGAUAUCCAGACGGUGAAACUUGCUGGUCUUCUGCAUGAUGUGGGCCAUGGGCCUUUCAGUCACCUUUUUGAGCGCGAGUUCCUCUCCAAGGUUUUGAGUGGCUAUGAAUGGUCUCAUGAACUUAUGUCAGUUAAGAUGGUUGACCAUAUUGUUGAUGAGCACCACAUUGAUAUUGAUUCUGGAAUGAUAAAAAGAGUUAAGGACAUGAUACUAUCUAGUUCUGAAUUUGCUCGGCCAAAGGGUUCAAAGGAGAAGGGUUUCUUAUAUGACAUCGUUGCAAAUGGACGAAAUGGAAUUGAUGUGGACAAGUUUGAUUAUAUUGUACGUGAUUGCCGAGCUUGUGGUUUAGGAUGCAACUUUCUGUUUGAGAGGUUAAUGGACACUAUGCGAGUUAUAGAUGAUGAAAUCUGCUAUAAGGCUACUGACUAUCUUACCAUUCACAAAUUGUUUGCUACUCGGGCUGAUUUGUAUCGAACAGUUUAUACGCAUCCGAAAGUUAAGAUAUUUCUUCUGAAUAUGCAGGCCAUUGAGCUUAUGAUAGUUGAUGCUCUGCUGAAGGCAAAUGAUUAUCUGCAACUUUCAUCUUACAUACAUGAUCCAUCGCAGUACUGGAAGUUAGAUGAUUCUAUAGUUAAAACAAUUGAGACAGCUUCAGACAAAGAGCUAAAGGAAUCUAGGGAUCUGAUUUUGCGGAUCCGCAGAAGAAAUCUCUAUCAGUUCUGUAAUGAAUAUGCUGUCCCAAAAGACAAACUGGAAAACUUCAAGGAUGUAACUGCUAAAGAUAUUGUUUGUUCUCAGAAAAAUGGUGGAGUGCAGCUAAAAGAGGAGGAUGUUGCUGUCAGCAAUGUCAGGAUUGACUUGACACGUGGUAGAAAAAAUCCUCUUGAAAGGAUCCAUUUUUUCAAGGAUUACGAAAGCAAUGAUAAAUUCAAGAUUUCUGAUGAUCGCAUAAGCCAUUUACUGCCAACAUCAUAUCAAGAUAUGAUAGUGAGGGUGUAUUCUAAAAAACCUGAGCUGGUAGAAGCCAUCUCAGAAGCAUUUGAGAACUUUCAGUUGAAAACUUAUGGGAUCAAAACACAAGUACAUGCAACACCAGAUAAGAAGAAACGGCGCAUUUGAUGUUACUGUUGUUGAUAUUACCUAUUCUCUUUUACAAAGUAGAGACAAUACUUCAAUAUAAUAUCACACAGGCUUACGAUUACAGAUUCGUGAUUUUGACUUUCCCUCCUAGAAGCUAGAUUCAUGAGGAAUUUUGUACAUGACACAAACUACUGAUUUUAAGCCGGUUUAGCUGGAGGAACCUGCCACGAAAAAGGUUUUUGGUCAACAAGUUUUGUUGUCAACCUUUACGGACAACUGCUGAAGAUUUUGAGCCUGCGUAAUACUCAAUGUUGCCUGGCACUCAUCAGCUUUUAGUUUGUUAUGAUUGGUUUAUUAUUUGACAAGGUUUUAUUUGCAUAUUUGUCUUCCUGAAUUCAGUAUUGUACAUCUUACCAUACUUCGACCUGUUUCUGUUGUUAAAUGCGGUUCUAUACUGUCAUGUCAAUACAGAUCAAUAUUCACCUUCUACCCAAUGAUUCGGAAUUGUGAGCUUUGAAGUUCGAACAAUCAAAGUACUUGGGCAUUGUGACA